UCUGCUCGGCUGACAGGGACGCUGAGGCUGUGCAAAGAAGCCUGGAGAGGGCAAGGAGAACUAGGCAAGCCAGAGAGAGAGAGAGAGAGGGAGAGAGAAAAGGGAAAGAAAGAAAGAGAAAGAAAGAGCUGAGGAGGAGGAGGAGAGGACGCAGAGCCCCCCAAUGCAUGGACUAGCCGCCUUUGCAACAUGCAGGAGCUACAGAGCCGCUAAACGGAGUUCGGACGACGCAGCUGCUGGGGCUGGAUUGCAGCGCUCUCUUUCCUUAUGAAGAAGGCACAAACUUGGAUUAUCAUUUGCUUUUAUCUUCAACUGCUCCUACUUAAUCCUCUUGUCAAGGCCCAAAGUCCCUGCGGGAAUCCUGUGACGGAUGAUGUGAAUGACAUUGCAAAACUGGUUGGAAAUCUUCCAAAUGAUUAUAUGAUAGCCCUUAAAUAUGUCCGGAAGAUGGAUACACUGCCUAAUCAUUGUUGGUUGCAUUUGAUGGUGCCUGAGUUGUCAAAGAGUCUGAAUAAUCUUCUCAACAAAUUUACAGAACUUACAGAUAUGCCAGAUGUCUUGAGUAAUUAUUCAAUUAUCAAUAAUCUCCGAAGAAUCAUCAAUGAUCUAAUGGCAUGCCUUUCUUCUACUAAAUAUAAGAAUUUUAGACUACAUCAUGACCAUCUUUAUGAAGAAGGUAGAUUUAUUCCAGAAGAGUUCUUUAAGCACUUUUAUAGCACCAUCGACGUGUACAAAGUCUUGGCAAAAACACCAGUACAAAGUGACUGUAUUUUGCCAUCAACGACAGAGAUCCCUCCAAAUGAUUCCAGCAUCAGUGUUACGAAGCCUUUUUUGUUACAUCCUGUGGCUGCAAGCCAUCUUAGGAACGACAGCAGUGGCAAUCACAGUAAUGAAGCAGAAUUGGGUUUCCUCAGUAGUCCCAGCAUGCAAGGAAUGAGCAUAGCACUAACAUCACUGUUGACUCUUUUUAUUGGCUUUAUUUUGGGAGCUGUGUGCUGGAAGAAGACAGCCCACAAACAUAUACUAGAAAGUAACCAGACUACACAAGCUAACAUCUGCCAAGAGGAUAAUGAAAUAAGUAUGCUACAGCAAAAAGACAAAUCGCUUCUACAAGUGUAGCUGUUGCUUUUUUAAAAAUAUACACUGUUACUGUUUCACUUCUGGGCAGCUAACAGUUCCAUGUUUGCUUCAUAAAUGAAGCAGCUUUAAGCAUAAUUGUAUUCCUUUUGGAGUGACAGACUGAGUCUGCAUCUGUUGUUGUUGCCCGUGACUCCAUAUUGAGAAUAUAGAGCUGUGGACAAAGAAUGUGCUACUGUGAAAUCAGCGUUGGAUUAAAUAUCAUCAAAGAAGAGUCUGCACCGAAAGGAACUUUAUAUAUAUAGAUAUAUAUAUGCAGACAAAUGUGGGGUUCUUUGCAUCUUGAGGUUGGGAGCAGAUUUUGGCCAAAGCUGUAAAUGCAUGAACAAAUUAUUAUGGAUUGAUGUGAUCCAGACCCAAAGUCAUGAGGAAAUUUGCAUUUUAUGUAAACAUGGAGACUCUGAAUAGGAGAGAAAUGGAUGAGAAUAAUCUUCAGCACUGCACAUAAGACUUGCAAAUAAGGUUAUGCAAUGAACUGAUGUGCUUGCAUGCUUUCAUGGUGGAACUGGGAUCAUAAUAUGUGAAGGUCACAUAUGAAAUAAGACUGGAUAUCUUUUGAGCUAUAGGUGACCUUGAAUUCCAUGUCAUAGAAACCCAACAUAUAUUUCAGGAGAAGUAAACAUCGGAACAUGAAAAAAGGCAAGUAUAAUAGAAUGGAAUAUUGACUGCUGGAUGUAGUUAUCUUUUAAGAAAAGACAGAGUCAACAUUUGGGAUAGAAAAUGGUCAUUAAGCCUAUUUAAAAUGCUUAAACAUGCUCCUUUCUUGACAUUUACAAAAAAAAAUAGUUUUUUUUUAAAAUACCAAGGUUUAGUUUAGCUUUUAUUGUAUGCCAUUUACUAUCUUCAAGUGAAUUUUAACAGUAAUACACUUGCCAUCACUUAGCAUUCUCCAUCAAUUAUUAUUAGUUUGCCUGAAAUAAAAUGGAAAACUUUCUUUUUAAUAAUUGUCAACUUCUUGAUAUUCCUUGUAACAAAACUGUGGACAGAAAAUCCCAGAUUGAAAAUAGCCUGUUAUUCACAAAUGUUUAAAGCAACAUUAAAAAUGUAUUUUAAGUUAUUAUUUUUUCUAUUACAAAUAGAAUCCAAGGAGUUUGUGUUCUAUGAAACAGUUCAGUUGUUCCACAUCCUAAACUCUUAAUCCAAUCAUAAGGUGAAAGCUAUUGUAAAUUUAAUUAUACUAUUGUUAAAAUUUUCAUUUACCAUACAUUGAUAAGAUUAUCUAUGCUUAAGAAAUACUUAAUUUAAACUGAAUGAUUUUCACCAAUUUAUUUAUUUUCAUAUCUGUCACAGACUAUUAGAAAUAAUAUAUGGAAAGCUAUAGAAGAUAUUUAGGGUUGAUUGAAAUAACACAGAUUAGACACUACUAAUGCCCUCUCCAAUUGUUUUUAGCUAGAGAAGAAGCUAAUGGCGUUAGGAGUACCAUACAGUGUAUACUAUUAUGAGGUUAGGAAGAGAGAUCUGCACAGUUCCGUGCAGAGUUCUACAUUACAAUCCAAAUCACAAAGCUGACCUUUCAAGUCUGGUAGAGACUUCAGAGCAACCAUGUCCUAUAUGUCACUGGUUGUUAAAAAAUACAACUGGAUUGAGGCCCAAAAUUAUGACUUUCUAACCCAUUUUAGAGUCAUAGAUUGAUAUCUAUGUAUAAUCUCAGAUAUAUAGAAAGACUUGCUUGAAUAAUGUCAUAACACAGGUCCUGACAAGGUGAAACCAGAGCUAACAGUUAACAUGCCCCAAUAAAUCACUAAAUGCCUCAUAAACUUCACUAACACUUUACAUUCCAGCAAGUGUUCUGUACAUUAUGUGUGCAAUAUCUGAACCCCCCCCCCCCCCCUUUAACAACUGUUCAGAAGGGAACAAAGGACAUAAUUAUUAGAUAAAUGUGACUUUAAAGGUAAUACUGCAAACAGGUUGGUAUGUGUAGUACAUGUUGUGCAAAGUUUAGUUUAUACUGCAGAGUUUAUAACAAAGCCACAUUCUCUUUACCCUUAAAACAAAACAAGACAAAUUGAAGGUCAAGAGGCAUUUGCAAGGCCAACUAAAAAUUCCAAGUAUAAUCCUACUGGCAUUACCAUGCUUGCAUAACCAUCGUUGUUCUCAUUUUUAAUGUAAAUAACCUCCAUUAGCACAAAGUGAAAUAGCAUCCCAUCAAAAGUGAAGCUGAAUAAUCAUUCUGACAGCUCAUAGCAUUUCUUUGGCAUUUUCUGCUUAAGAGAUUUGUCUGAGUGGUUUGGGCCUUCUCAGUUAAAUGUCACAAGGAUGAGAUAUCUGGAGAGUACUUCACUACUUAAGGAUAUAUAUAUAUAUAUAGAGAGAGAGAGAGAGAUCCGCAAAUUUUUAAAGCAGUAAACGUUUGCUUCUUCUGACAGUGUCUUUUGCAUCAGAGGCAAGAAAGUCACUAGUUUUGCGCAAUUUGGGGUCCAAACCAGAGUGCUUAUUUCAUGCCAGAUUUUGAUUCUGCUCAUAUUUUGCCCCCUUUCAUUUUGGUUUCAUGUGACUUGGGAUAAGAUCUGGAAUUCUAGCAAAGCUAGAGUAGUAACUUAAGAGUCCUAAACUCUACCACAAAGACAAAAUUUGUGUCCUUGAGUUAUGGCUGGGAACUAGGCUUUCACAGAAAAAAAAUAUAGAAUAUGUUGUAUUUAAAGUCAAAUAUCCUGUAGCAUCCAAAUUGUUCAGUUUGCUUUCAUAGUUAAAACAUGGUUGGACAACUUUCCGGAAAUGAGUGGCAUUGGACACUGCACAACCCACUGAGUAGAAACACCUGCUGAUGUGCCACCAAUGUUUGUCAGUAUUUUGGUGGCCAAAAUUCUCCACAGUUUCCUUUAAAAGCAGGGUAUGUUUAGAGCAUGUGUUUUCUAUUAAAGUAGAAAGUACACUCCCACAAUGGUACUUUGAAUCAAGGUACACACUCCCUGAACUCCUUGGUCAUAAAUUAAAUGAGGAGGGUUUGCAGCAGGAUCAUAUGCUUAAUAAAAAAUUAGUUGUUUUUUUCAACUGCUGCUCUGCCAAAAUUAAUCGAGAAGGGCUUUGGAGGUUGGGAGCAUACAUAUAGCUGAGUUAACCCCUGAGUUAACAGUUCUUUGUGGCCAUGUGAGCAGGCCUCUGUAGCUUUGUGAGGGGUCUUUUAUAUCUUCAACUGUGUCAAACUUUGUGAGAUACUUCCCAAAUAUUUUGUUAGUGUGAGGUUGAGACCCAGAUGGAGACGAGAUCAACCACCUACAAAAGGAAGGGAAAGCUGACAUAUAAAAAGAUUGCUGAGGAGGAAAAUUGCCAAGAAACAACAAGACACUGGGCUGGAGGAAAGGCCACAACUUUAUUAAACCGAACAAAACAGGGGUAGGGUUGGCCCAAAGCAUGAGGUCUGGAUCUGGAACAUCCAUCAACCCCUGGUUGAUCAAUGAACUGAUUUGCUUAGUGAUGACCAAGCUUCGGGAUGACAUAGGGGCAACGGCAAAGGCCCUCCUGAAGACAUGCAAUCGGACGAUCGCAUGUUCCUGUUAAGCCCCUAGUCAGCGGGAGAUGCUAAAACAAUGUGACCCCCGCAAUGGCUGCACCGCAUGUCCUCAGUGCUCCCGGGUCCCAAAGGACUCCCAAUCUAGUGUCCUGGAAACCAUGCCCACCAGAUCCAAGACCUAUGCUACCACCCCCAAAAAGUUGUGACAAAAAACAGCACCCAACAUAGGGAGGGAGGGUGGGAGAGCUGAGCUAGAAUGGUGCCCAGGCAGGAUGCCACAUGGCCUUAAAUAGGCCCUUGUACAGAGGGAUACCAGGAGAGGGAGGAGGCACUGCCUCUCCUGGGCCCUCAGCCAAUGGCUGAGCUCAGCGACCAGGCCAGCCAAUUGGCGGCCCCAACCGCUCCCCUGGCAUGCUAGGAGUUGUAGUCUCCCAGCGCCAGGGAGUGGAAGGCCUGCCCUGCAGGCUCUGACAGCAAAUAGCGUUCCCCCCCGGGCCCCAGCAAACAAUACUGGGAGAUUGGGAGGGCAGCAAUGGCCAGCCGGGCUUGGCUCCAUCCCCAGCAGCAACCUGGCUGGCCCUGGUAAGUCGGGGCGGCCCAAUUUAUGAUUGAUGAACUUAAUUACCACUUAAAUAUUUUUAACAGUUACCACUUAAAAUCCUUUAACAGAGAAAUCAUUCUUUGCUCAUUUUCUUCUCAAAGAAAGCAAUGAAUAAUUUUAGCAAAGUUUGGAAACUGCACAGUUUGCUCAAGAGACACAUUAAGUUAUGUUGUACAGAAGUUGCAUUUUCUGUGAAGAAAUGGCAUUUUCUACAUGGAAAAUAAUAUUUCUACAUAGAAAAAUACCUGCACAAAACAACUGAUAUGCUAAUUCGGUGUAGAGUGGGUCCUGAACUCCAAGGAUUGUAGUCAGUUUAAGAUUCUUCUUGCCAGGGUUUCUCAACACUCAAGAAACACAUUUUUUCAAUCAUUUGAAUAUUUUUAAACAUUCUUCCCAUCCCUAUCUUGGAUUGGACCAGGUUGGAUUUGCUUCUUCCUUUCAAUUCAAAUUGCAAAACUGAGUAAGGAUUUUAAUCUCUGUUAGUCAUCGUGAGAACAGAACCAAGGGGCAUGCCUCUGGGUGUAAUUCUUUGGAUUGCUUAAUACUGAGUAAAUCUAGAGAAAUCUGUCAUUAUUUAGAAACCACAAGAACCUAAGAACAGGCAAUUGAAAUCCAGCAGUGUGACUGUUAGCACAAAACACAGUGUAAUCUGUUAUACAAGGCCUUAUACAUCUUAAGGCAUAUGUUUACACUGUGUCUUUGGUGUGCAAAGUUUUCCACUAGCUUUUGCACAAAAUUUUCAACAUAAGGGAUUUAUCUUUUGAUCCAAUACUUUCAGGGAAACAUACAAAAUUGUAUUUUCAUUUGUUUUGGAAAGAGUGAAUAAUAUAUGCCUCCAAAGGUAGAAGAUGGAACGUUUUUUUAAUGUGUGUAAUUCAAACCCUAUUUUAUUAAUUCAUUGCAGCAUUUAUGCAAAUACAUAUAGUGAAGUCAUUAAAAUCUGUGUGUUAUUAACAUAUUUGUGGAAAUAGAAAAGCAGGUUAUGACAAAAAGCAAAUACUCUCUUACAUGGAACUCUACUUGAAUAACUGAAUGGUACUCAUUUCACUGCAAGUUUGCUUCAGACCUAUGCUCAGUACAAAUGUGCCAUAUUGUAUCCAUAUCAUUCUUCUCUUAAUAUGAUGAGACUCUCCAAACUACUUAUUAUACAUCUGUUAAAUCAAAAGAGCUACUUUUGUAUUACUUCAGCUACUUGGAAUGAGAUUUAUGUCAUAGAUCCCCCUGCAUCACUAGUCAUUUCAUUCAACUGUAUUUUUUAAAGAAACAGUGUAUAAAUAAUUAUUAAAUAUAUUUAAGUUCUUGAAAAUCAGAAGCUUCGGGCUCCUCCUUUUUGGUCAGAGAGAACCAUUUGCUGGCUACUUUAUGGGUUCAGAGUAUGUAUAUUUUCAUGUAAAAAACUAACACAAUCCUAUGUAUUUGUAACCAAACUGAAAUUGAA